CCCAAAAUGGCUUCCGAAGCGAUACCACCACCACCACCACCACCACCACCGCUGUUAAACAACGAUAAUACCAAUACAAGCACUCUUCCAAAUGGUCCUUCAACUAGCCAGGUACAAUCUUCAGAUAAUGGAGGGCAAACAACGUCUACAGACGGAACAAAAUCGUGGGAGAGAGCUUGGUCAGUCGAUGAAAUGCGGAAAGGAGCUACGAACUGGUCGCUUGCGUCAGAUGCUGGGGUAACUAUUUUCAUUAUUAGAAUUUGUAGAAAAGUAUUUUAUUCCUAGGGCUAUAAGGCUUUUGAUUUGCGCAUUAAUGUAGUUUAUUGCACAUGUUAUAAUAUUCUUAAAAAUAAUAUUUAUGAAUCCAAAAUGCCUUCUGUGAACGACACUGUCACACUGACUCUGAUACAGAGUUUGAAAGAGACCAGUAGUUCCAAAAGAAGGUAUUUACCAGGCCGAAAGUAGUUGUUCUAAUUGUGUUGUGUAGAGAUGUAGUAAACAUGACAACUUUUAAUAGCAUGCAGUAUUUGUUAUGGAUGUGGUUUUUAGUUGUUUUUGGUAGUUCGAUGAUUUAUAUCAAUUCAACACUGUAUCAGCACAGUAUCAGAUUGCACAAUCAGUGGCCUUCAGAAUGUAUUCAUCAAUAUGACACAGAUCAUCCAUUUUAGUGUGAACAGGAGAUGGGCCAUUCAGAUGAAGUUGCUAGAAAAGCAAAAAAGUAAUACAAAUAAAAAAUUACUGCUACUUGCCUAUGACAACCAGAAUAUAGAAGCCUAACUGGAAAGUUUGGAAAUUGCGCGGGGGAGAUUUCGAAAAUUUAAUAGUAAAUAUAUAGAAAGCAUCAAAAGUGCACGGGGGAUUUCUCCUCCGCGCGAUACAAACUUUCCACACUGGUAUAGAAGCUGUAUGCCGGACAUAUCCAGCAUACAGGUGUGCAUUUUCGCAUGCAAUAAGCAUUAUUUGGUGUGCAAAUUUAGCCAUGAAUUUUCAUAUUUUGGAAUACAGUUUUCCUUACUAAAGAAGUAAAAAUACAACAAUUGAUUGAUGUUAUUGACCUGGACUGAUUGGUCAUUCCAAAAAAAUAUCCAUACCUCCCCCACAGAGGAAAUUGGAAAUUAACCCUCCUAGCCACUUUGGAUAUUUUAAAUAAUACUACUAAAUCUGAAUGCUACACAAAUCUCACCACUUCAAAACCUACAGGAUUGAGCAGUUAGAAUAAUCAAAUCAAGCAAAUCUGCACAUCUCCCUAUAACAUUAGAGUAAUUGACAGUUACCAUAUUUACUCGAUUGAGCGCCUCCCCCGAUUGAGCGCCGCUCCCGAAUAAGCGCCGCAUUUGAGAUCAAAUUUUUUUAAAGAGCGCCGCACCCGAAUGAGCGCAGCACUGAAAAGUAUAAAAACUUUCCGCCGUCAAAAUGGGGACAUUUAGUGACAAAAAUCUUUUAAAACUUGUUUGUUUUAUUGUUAAAAGUUCUUGUUAUAACCCACAAAUAAAAGUUUUUUUAAAGAGCACCGCCUCUGAUUGAGCGCCGCCCCCAAAUGAGCGCCGCAUCUGAAGCUCUAAAAAUUUAAAGAGCGCUGUGGCGCUCAAACGAGUAAAUACGGUGUAUGUUAUUUAAAAGAGCAUAGGGGUGCACAGGAACUUGGUUCUGGCCGGAAACUAACUAAUAAAAAAACUAAUAAAAAAAGCAUGGCUGGAACCGGAACUCUGUCGUUUUCAGAGAGAUAGAUGUAAAUUUAGUGAUAGAGGACAUGCAGUGAUUUUCACUGAAUCGUUUUUAGCCUGUGUGAAUGUUUCUUAAUAAUAAUAAUAAUAAUAAUAAUAAUAAUAAUAAUUACUAUUAUCAGAAACAAACUUUUCUUCCCACCUCUUCCGAAUGGCAGAAAUUUCCUUUGUUGAGGGAGUGUGGAUCUUUUCUGGAACAACUCAUUGCAUGCAUGUCUCAGUUGGUGUAAUCAUGUUUAGUGAACUGUUUUCCUGAGCUGGUGUAUUACUGUCCAGUGCACAAAAAUGUAACUUUCCAGAUUGGUGUAAUGCACUGUCCAGUGACAGUGGUUGAUAUUUAUAUUUUCACCCAGGCAUACAGAAUUUGAAUAUUUACAUAAAAUUUUAUACAAACAUAUAAGAGGUACUGUAAGCAGACGGAUCAUCUGUCAAGUCAAAAUAUCUGGAAAGUUUGUCUAAAUGCAUACUUGCAUAUGCAAUGGUCUAUCUUUGUGUGUAAAUACUGAACCUUGUACAUGUAUAAGAGAACUCACAGCCAAUGGCUGGUUAGGUUAAUGACUGGCUAAAACAUUAAGUUUGGUGACUGAGUACUGACAAUGAGAGAAAGUCAUGUCAAACUCUGAGAGUAUGAGGUUUUUGGCAGAGGAAAAAGAUGGCAAAAUAUUUUGGAUUUCUAGUUGAUUGAUGAGAAUUUCAAAACGCAUUGAAACAUUGACUGCUGCUUGGAAAGUACAUGUAGUAAUCAUUUACUUGGCUACUGCAAGACAUAGUUUGCUACAGCUGCUAUUACAGUUUAAAUACUGUUUUAAAAAGUAGCCCAAAACUACUCGUUACUUCAAAAUUGUAAUUUGUUACAGUAGUGAACUACAGUACAACUACUUCGCUACUACCCACCCUUGCUAGUAAGAGAUUUACAGUAUUUAUGUAUUUAUUUAUUUAGCUUUGCUUCUUACAAAAAACCCAAACAAACUGACAAAACAAAACAAAAACAGCUAAUAAAAUAAAGAGGCUGGAACACCACCACAGCUUAAAUGCCAAUUACAGCGGGCUUGUCUGUCCCAUGAUCUCUCUUACUGUACAUGUAAUUGUAAUCCAGAGAACAGCAUCACUCAUCUAUCUUUGACCUUUUGACAAAAUCUGAAGAAAUAAAUGAUUUUUCACUUUAGCUGCUACUUUACAUGCAAGAAUUCUCUCAGAACAUGUUAUCACAAACACAUAGCAUGGAACAAAAAGUAGAUGGACUGGUCGAUGAAACCAAGGUACUGCUAUAUAGUUUUUUCAGGCAGGCAACAAACAUUUAUUACAGUAUACUGUAGAUUACUGGACAGGUAUAUUAUGAAUGGGAUGCAGGGUCUUAGCCAGGAUUUGCAACUUGGGUGUCCAAAUUUGAAUUUUGUUUAUGACACCCAAUUUUUGCCAUAUGGAACCAUUGCACCACUUCAUGCACCAGUAAUUCAAUGUGAUUAUUCCCGAAUGCUGGGAGUAAUCAGUUACUGCACUCGAGAAUCGCCCAAAAACUAUAAUAAUAUAUCCAAUUAUUCAGACUAUGUCACUACCACUACACUGACUACAGUAGUGUCAUGCGAUUCUGCUUGCUAAACACGUACCCUUUCUGCUUCUGCAUUUGCGACAUUUUAGUUUAGUUCACCAUGUUUAAUUAAAUGAAUAUGCCUCCUCUGUAUUACUCACCUGUUUUCCAGUAGGUCACCCUUAAUUGAGAAUUCCAGGUUCCCAUUUUACCCCAUUCACUCCCGUCUCUCCGUACUUACAGUAUUCAAUGAGUGAUCAUAUGUAUUUACGAACAUUUUCUAGGGAAUAUCUGCCAAAGUCCAUAACACCUUCAACAAUUUUCUGAUGUUGUCAAAUACACAGUUCAUUGAGAAUGUAAGAUUUGUUUAUGUUUUGUAGUUUUGUAUUUUAUUUAAUAUUUUAUUCUGACGCUGUGCACAGAGAGCAACGAAAAGUUUGUUAUCUCGAGCUCGCAUCCUGGUGUAUUUGACCUCCCAUCUUCGGGUUUCUACAGAGUAGGGUAUCAAGCUAUUGUUAGAAUUUGAACAGUGGUGUCAAGUAACGAAGUAAAUGUACUUCGUUACUGUACUUGAGUACUAUUUUUGAGAAGUGAGCAUGUAACAAAGUAAACUUUUUCUGGAGUACUUUUACUUGGAACGAAGUCAUUUUAAGAAGUAACGUUUUACUUCAAUUGUUAUUUUCAUUUUGUGGCGAAGUAUUUCGUUACUUUCUAACUUUUAUUUAAUUUUACGUGAUUUAUUCCUGAUUUAUUUUAGUUUUGGGAUAGGUAAUAGGACCUCUACAUGCGUCUGGGAUCUCUCGUUUGUGACUUACUUAUAAGCAUGAUUUAUUUAAUGGAUUUCUUAUACCUUCAACGGGGCCUGGAAAGUAGACCAUGCCGUGAAAUAUUGUAUAUUAGGUGCACGCAUAUAACGCUUGUGCUGUUUUGUAUCUUUUGUAUGUCAAUCCAUUGGAGAAGCCCCCCCCCCCUACAUGCUAUAGACAAUAGUACUUUUACUUUUUACUUCAAGUAUUUUUUAAGGAUACUUUGUACUUUUUACUUAUUAGUACAUUUUGCUUCCAGUACUCUUUACUCUUACUCAAGUCGUUUUAUUGUUAAUUACUUCUACUUUUACUUUUACUCGAGUACAAAUUCAAUGUAAUUUAGGCACUACUGAAUUUGAAUGCAAUACCACUAUGCUGAAGCCACGGGUGUGUAAAACAGAAUAAAAGUGGAUUUUAUGCAUGAUGAAGUUAUUUAAAACUCUAAUUUGGUUUGACAUUUUUUAUGCAGUUCUGUUCCUUCAUACGAUUAGAAGCUAUUUUAAAUUCCCAGGAGCAUAAAAUGUUUACUGCUUAAGAAGAGAAUCUUUUGUAUGUUACGUAACACGCUGUCAAAACUAAUGAAUAUAUACUUUUCCACUUGGUUAUGACCAUAUUCAAUUUUUAAUUUUCGAUACGUUUCUCAAGCGGCAAACAAACUUAAAAAGUAUGUUUAGUGCUUUAUCUGUAAAAUUAUGCUAAAAUGAAGAGGUUUUAGAUGAUACGCCAAAGAGAAAAUGAUGUCUGAAUUCAGUAAGUUUUGCUUAUAUGGCUGUAUAAAUAUAUGGCGCCGUGAAUUUUACGGCAUCAUUGAUAAUGGUAUUUAAAUAUUUAAAUUGACAAUAUUUAACUAUUAGUAUUAUUCUGUGUUUCUCAACCGCGAGAUACGUUUAAAAAGGUUGCUGACUAUGUAAACUACAAAGUAAAGCUAAAACAAAGUAAUUUUAAGAGGAACGCCAAAACGAUGUUAGCUUUUGAAAACUUUUCAUCGCAAAUACGUGACAUUCCUAAAAUUCCCUCUUAACAAUAAUAAUUCAGUGAUUUCUAAAGGCCUCGUUUUUUUAUACUUUACACCCUGAUGACCAACUCAGGAAACCGACAGUCGCAACAGCAGAAAACAAAAAUUACUUACAUGUUUGUAUGCAAGCCGAAGCAUAUAUUACUAAACUUUAUUUGCCUCUUAAAAAUACCUAUCUUUCUUUGCAAUUGAAACUGAACCUUUCAGUAACAAUCAAGGGCGGAUUUUCAUUUAUUUAAAAGGAGGGGUAGAAAAAUUUCUGGUGGGGUGCAAGCGGCACCACUCGGUGAGCUUCGGCAGGGUUAGGCGUUUAGGUUAAAGCCUUUCACACAAAAUAGGAGGGGUGAAGCGAAAUUUUGGUGGGGUUGAACACUUUAUUAGAGGGGGUUAGAGAGAUUCUAGGUGGGGUUUAACCCCCCCUAACCCCCCAGUAAAUCCGCCCAUGGUAACAAUAGUCGGUGAAUCCACAUAAAAUACCUCACACGACUUCGAACGUUUUAACGGUUGGCAUGGUUAUGAACCAUGGAAGUUAUGUUUGAACAACUAGGGCGUACUAGAAUGCUCAAGGGAAUACAAUUUGUAGUCGUCUUUCUCUUAGAGUAAAAAUUCUAUUGUUGAUGAUCUCUUGCCAAACUCGCUGUUAAUAUCUAUUAGUGCCUGCAAGAAAAAUUCAUCACUUCGAAAUGUGCCCGCAAUAAUGCAUCACAUUUUGGGGUUUUGCGAGCUACUGUAUAACUGUAAAUUUUGUUAAUAAAAGUGCCUGCACAAAAUAAAAAAGUCCGCAUUUUAACGAUGCCUGGCCGUUCUAUGCCCAUGGAGCUAUCGAGCAACGGGGCUUAGCGGAAUCGCAGGGCAGAUUCCUGUCACAGAGAGAGGGCUUAAGGUCCAGACACACCGGAUGCGAUUCGACAACGCGACGCGAUUUUUUAGUUUUUGAAAGUUAAUAAAACAGUCAAUGAGAGCAAAUUUUGAAAGAUAUGUAGACCAAAUAACUCAAAAUGUUAUAGCGCUUCUAAAUAUUUGGAAAAUUUGAACUAGGAUCAAAGUUAUCGGUCAGUGAAAAUCGAAAAAUCGCGUCGCGUUGUCGAAUCGCGUCCGGUGUGUCUGGACCUUUAUAUUUGUAUUUUUCGCAACUGCUUCUGGGUAGAUGUAAUAAAUAAAAUUCGCACUCGAAAAUUCCAUCUAUACAAAAACGAUUGGCGGUGAAUCUUAUCUAAUUUAAGUACACGAAAUAUUGCGGAAGAUUUGCGUUAGUAAGAAGAUUUACAGUAGGACUCCCGUUGAUUUACGAUGAUUUUUGUCAAAAUAUUUUGAGAACCGAACAACAUACGAUGAAGCUGUAAAAAAUGGUUUCCACAUAAUUUUAAGAUAUAUUUCAAAUGAGACAAACUAAAUUUCAAUUGCCAUAUCCCUUUAAAAGGCUUAUCGUACUAGACUGUGUGUGUUGUAGAGAGUUUAUGAUGAAGAGGAAACUAAGGAUGAAGAAGAAAAACAUGAUGAAGCAGUUACUCAGGAAAAAG